AUGGACGAAAACAAAUUGUCGGCUUUAAAGAGGUGCUAUCCGACAUUUGUUCAAAGUCUAAACACCGCCGAAAUUAUUGACCACCUUAUUGGUGGUGAGCACAUUUCCCGGGAUGAGUAUGAAAGGAUAUCAGCGAAGAUCACCACCAUGGACAAGGCGCGGACUUUCCUGGAAUUCCUAUUUGGGAAGUCCAACGAGGCCUUUAAGUGUUUUCAAGAUGCUCUUUUACAAGAGCAGCCAUUUUUAGCCAAAACCUUGGAAGAACAACUUGAAAAGGUUUCCUUUUCAAAGCCAACGGCUUACAUCAAUCGACCGCAGACGAUCGCUAAACUUACGGAUGGGUUCCGGUGGUUGGGCGGCAAAUUUCGACCUAUCUCCUUGCUCGUACGUCAGGAUGGUUCACUGGACAACGAUGCAGCCUCUCAUUCUGAUAUUCCCACAAAUGCCUGGUUUCUCGUCUACGGUCCACCUGGACAGGGCAAGUCUGUAAUGACAGCCGCUGUCCUGCGUCAAAAUCGUCAACUAUUAACUGACACCUUUUCGGGAGGUGUCGUGUGGUUGCGAGUCGGGGAGAAGAGGGGAGUGGAACAGACUCAGCAGGUGAUUGAUGUGCUCUCCGCCUUAAUCGAGCACGUGGCCUCUCUGCCUUCUCAAGGUCGGUGCAUAAGACAGGGUAGCGAGGACAAGCGGGAGGAGCCUUACCGAGGCUGUGAAGGUGAUGUAAGCAAAAUGACCUCACUACUGCACAAAUUGUUGAUCGCGCGCCAGUAUCGACGCUCUGAGGUGCUCGACACGCACUCCGUUUCUCCUGCCUCCCUCCUACUCAUUGUGCUCGACGAUGUCUGGGACGACUGUGUUGUCAGUGCCCUUGGCACUCUCCCCGCCGCCUUUGUUGUCACCUCGCGAGACAUGAACAUACUUCAGCGUGUCCUCACCCCUGUCAAAAUGGUAGGCAUAUUUGACACCUAUGAAAAGGAGAGCGUAGAAGCGGACAUGGACGAUGGAGAGGUGGCAAGCCUGAUAGCUACGCGUGCGUCCAUUUCUCGUGAUUGCCUUGCAAACGCAGGAGGUGUGUACGCAGAGUUGCCGGCUUUGUGUCGCGGCUCGCCCCUCGCCGCCUCGUUGCUGGGCGGCCUCCUUGCCUCGCCUACCUUCGAGUUGGCUCGCUACCUUGGCCCCCGCGGCUUCCGUAGUGCCACUAACGACGUCAUCAUUGACUGGUCAAAGGUUAACUUCCCCUCCUGGUACACAUACGAGUCCCUCGAUGAGGUGAGUCUCUCUUUCCCCUCCUCUAUCAUUCGUUGCACCCCCAUCCGCAUCGAUCUGGCUGUCUCCGCCAGCCUUAACCGUCUUCCAAAAGUUGAAUUGGAGCGAUAUCGCCAAUUUGUGAUAUUUGAAGAUAACUGCUCCCUUACAGAGGACGUGUAUGAGAUCUACUGGUCAUGCACAAAAGAGGAGGCGGUGGAUACACUUCAGAGGCUGCACCGCUUUUCUUUGGUUCAAUGCAGACGAGAUGACGGAAGUGGGCGAAAUUUCUUCUCCGUUCCAAACCUGCAAUUGGACCUCCUUCGAACCACCGUACCCACUAGGCGGCAACAGAUCUGCCACUGCCAAUUUGUGGACAAUUACAAAGCUCGUUUUGGAGGUCAGUGGAACCAACUGGCUGACUUCAAAUUGAUUCACACCUACUUUUGUCGCUCGGUAGGGGAGCACAUGCUCAAGGCGGGACGGUUGAACGGUCUUAUUGAUCUCUUGACCGACCUCCAGUUCAUUUGUGCUCGUCUACUCGUUCUCGGCUCCUCCGCUGUCCUCGCUGACUUCCGACGAUAUCGGCCAGUCUUUCAGAGGGUUGGCCGCAUCACUGAUUGGCACAUGUACCUUCACUUCCUUCAAACUACGGCCUACCAGUUAAUAAACCCGGACAGACUGGUGCGCGAGUUACAUCGACGUGCGCGCUCGCCGACGCGUCCGGGCUCUCUGUGCGACGUGGGUGGCGGCGGUGGUGGCGGUAGUAAUGGUGGUGAAGGACGGCAUAGCGCAAUGCAGAGCAUGACUCCAGACGCGUUGGGGAUGGGGAGUGGAGGUGCGGGCGGUGGAUGUGGAGGCAGCUGUGGUAGUCACUAUCACUUCUGCCACCACAGCUCGCCCUCGCCCCCCACGUUUCGUCGCAAUGACACUGGAGAACGCCAACGCUGCAUCGCCCGCCUUCCGCACAAGGACCUCAUGGUGAAGGGCCUCGACCUCCUCCAACUCGGUCUCAUGUUCCCUCGUGACAACGCUGUCUUCCAACAAUCCCUCAACAUUCUUAAGGCCGUUGACGCCGCUGCUUGCAAAGCUAGUGUCCCCCCGCCUCCGAAGUACUACUGGUAUUGGAGUAACAGCAACAGCGCGGAUUCGGAACUUGUGUGGGCUACACGCACAGGAAAGGACAGGAUUACUGCCAUUGCCCACGAAGUCGACUACUCCUCACUUCCACCGUCUUUGCGACGCCGGGCAAAACCGAGUGGGGAUCGGUCCAUCAACCGACGCUUCUUGGGCACCUCUGACGGUCGAAUUAUCAUCCUGGACGUCACCUCUGGCUACGAAGUUGCCGUCCACCAAGUUCACAGACCAUCCGUCGCUGUUAUGGCCAUCUCUCUGUUACCCGGAAACCAGUCCUGUCUUUCUUGUGGAGCUGACGGUCGGAUGAUCGUCUCCAAUCUGCCUCCCCUGGACGCCUUCUUAAAAUCACCGAGCGUUGGUGGGUCCUUCAAUCGCUCAAGUAUGGUGAGCGAUAUGGGUGUCACCGAUUUGGACGAAUCCUACUUCACCACUAUCGACGUGGACGACGAUGGCGAGGUCAAUGACGACGCCUUCUUCGAUGUAUCUGCCGAGAUGGGCAAUCCGUCCUCCCUCUCACCGCCAUCGUCGUUGGCGCCGCCGAUGCUCGCGGACGUCGGGGUGCCCGACGAUAGGGGCGUGGCCCCUCGGAGCUCCUCACCGGUACUACAGGAGGAUGAGUUCCCCAUAUAUACUGUUGCACCUACUGUCCUCGCCAAUUUGCCAAGCUCCUUUGAGAUUCGACGCAACACCCAGGUUGCCAGCUCUCUUCCCUCUCGUCAAACGGUUGACUCAAAUACUCCCGACGACGAAACGGUGGUUCAACAGUGCAUUGCUCUCUCACCUCUGGGCACCUGUCUCCUCUUCUCCGACUCACCCGGUUCAUCCAGUCCCACCACUGCCGCUGCCGUUAAUGAGAUGACCUUAAAACGUCGACAAAUGCACGAGAACUUCCUUCAGGUGCCCCUGUCGCUCGCUGACCAGAAGCCGAUUUCCCUCACUAUCUACUCCAUACUGGCGCAGUCCCAGGCCAAGUUCACCUUAGUCAAAAGUCGAGAGCUCCUUUUGCCCGCUCAGCGUGGUGAACGCCCUACCCAGGUGACCGUAGCCACGGCCUCUAUCUCCUUCGACGACUCUCUUCUCAUCGCCAGCCUCUCCAACGGCCGUCUGUGGAUCUUCUCCCUCGACGAGAUCGGCUGGGUUGCCUGUAUCGCCUCCUCCAUUCCCCUCAAGGCGAACCCACUCUACUCUGCCUUGAUGAGUGCCCGAACACCUCGUCCCGAACGUUCUCCUCUCGAUACUAAUACGUCCUACUGUGAUCCAAAGCUGGUGGAUUUCGCGCUCACUGAUGGCAAGGUGGCCAAGGUUUGCAUUUUCAUCCACUGGCCCAAUCAGACUCGAGCGCCCAUCAAUCCCGGUGGGUGGAUUCCGCCCGACAACCCCUUGGUCGCCGCCUCAAUCGAUAACCUGGUCCUGGUGUGGGCAUUCGAGAACAAGUUACCUGGGAGCGUGGAGGAUUUGCAGAAUCCUGAGACCAUUGUGACUGCAAGUCGCGCACAGUUCUGCCUGCCUUGUCCGCCCUCGACCACUAUCACCACCUUGGACAGUCAGCCCUUCGGCAACUUCUGUCUCAUUGCCGCUGGCCUCACCAGCGGACGUGCAGUCAUAUGGAGUCUGCCGGAGCGCUGCAAGAUUUUCGAUGUGUGCGCGCACGGCACCUCGGUGACGAGCGUACGUCUCUCACCCUAUGGCUUCUGUCGUUCUCCUGCGGCCACACCUACAACCUCCCCCGCUGGAACCUCGCACACUUUCGACCUUGUCGCCGUGACAACCGCCGCUGAGGACGGUGUUGUCAAGGCCUGGGAGUUCCACUGGCCCUCCCCCAAGGAGCCGCAGUCCACAAAUAUGUCACCGAUUCUUUCGGGUGAGUGUUCCCCCUCGCGUCAGCGGCGUGGCUGGCUCGAGCAGUCGGUGAACGUGGAGGCAUUCGUGCGUGAACAGCCCUUCCCCCUGUGGGCUGACGUCUACAGUGUAGUCUUUGGAGUACGGGGCGAGUUCUAUGCCAUCGGACGUAUCAAGGCCAGUUGCAGUCUCCAGCUGCUGUUUCGAUCGGCUCAAGCCACUGGCCUGGGCAUAGAGGGUGACUGCCAGUCUUUCCAUUGCGUGGAAUUGUCGCUCACAUGUCAUCGACGACGUCCCGUCCAAAAUCAGCUUCUCCCCCCUGUCGUUGCGACGGGCUCGGGCGAGCAGGCUGCCGCUGCAACCGCUGUCACCACCACCAGUGCCUUCCAGGCAGUUAACCGCAUCGUCAAACACAGCCCUGUGCCCUCUUGUGCUGCCUUUUCCAAUGACAUGCGGCUGCUUGUCGUGGGAUUCGAGAAUGGCACUGUUCAGGUUCUGCAAAUGAACUGUCCCAAGGACCCACUGCGUGGUUUCAAGCCCUAUCGAAACUUCUCGGUUUCCUCGAGGAAUAGUCUUUCUGAGGCUGGCGGUGGCGACUGCGGCCGAGGCAACAGCCGCCCGCGUGUCGCCAGCCGCGAUCUGCCCCUCGAUAUCGUCUCCACGGCGGUAAAAAUCACCCAUCUCUCUCUGUGGACACCUCCUGUCGACUUUGAGGAGCCAGAGCUUGAACUCGUGGUUGCUGUCGCUACUGCUGGUGGCACUGUGCACGUGUGGGAGGUGAUGCACGCGAUUGCACCGGAAGGAGAGGAGAGGGAUCGAAUUGCACACGCCAAGGUGGUUCCUAUGAAACAAUGGGUACGGAUGCACUUACCGGUGUCCACGUCUGCUGUUCCGUCCAUCUCCACGCCCACCUUCAGUCCGCUUCCCUUUGUUGAGGCUGAGGCGACAAACCAGCCGGUGGUGUGGUUCCGCUUCUUCGCUAACCUUGAACUCCUUCAAAAGUGCACUGAGUGGCGCGCCCGACUCGCGUGGCUCUCCGCCGGCCGCGACGGUCUCGUCUGCGGCCGUAGCCUUGCCGACGACCAGUGGGCCCUCGACCUCGUCGCCCACAAAUCUGCCGAAAUCACCGAUGCCGACGUCGAUCCCGACGGUCGCUGGAUAGCUAUUGCUGCCACUGAUGGGACUGUUUGUGUAUGGUGUCUCUGCACGGAACGGAAGGUGUUUGAAGGUUCUCACAAGCCGUUGACGGUGCGUUGCGUGAAGUUCCGUCCUGUGGCCACCACCACGGAGAUGGGCACUGAGGUACUGCUGGCCUCUGGCGACGCUGCUGGCAACCUCCGCGUCUGGCGCCUCACCACUCCCAAGUGGAGCUGCGCUGUGCUGGUGGCACAGGUUGCUCUCGAUCCUGGAAAGUCAGAUCCACCAUUUUUACGCGUCCAGUUUAGAUACAAAGCUAAAAUUUCCCUUGAUGACCAGCUUUUGACUGAUUGUAAAAUCUCGCAUCGAGUUAUUCGAAUAAUUUACAUUUUUUGGAAUUAUAACAGAUCAUUGAUUGGACCUGAAUUGGACCUCGCGGACGCUCAAGUUCAUUUUCUGCAAGAUUUUUUGGCGGAGGAUUUGAAGGGCGGAGAUCGGUCCGUGAUUGCGGCACGCAGCGCAAUCUCCUCGAAUGCAGCGGGCUGUGGGGGCUCGGGGUUUGUGUGCCUUGCCUGGUCAGCAGACGGGGGCACGCUGGCCGGUCUUUCUGAUCGCCUUUGUAGCUGGCGUCUCAUCACCCGGGCGAACACCAGUGGUGCGGUCGGUGGGGGUUUCCACCAAGUGUUGGAUCGCUCACGUGUGGUCCGUGUCUUCGACACCACCGACCGUCGCAACCGCCUCUUCGUGUCCUGCGCCUCACCGGGCAGCCCCUAUCUCCCCUCCACCUUCAUCGUCCUCGAGGUGCACUCAGGCAUCUGCUUCGUCUUUGAUCCCAUUGAAAUGAUCGCUCCUUCCACCUCCAACACUGUCGGCGACGGUGGCAGUGUCGCAGCGGCUGGAGUGUCACCGCCGGCAGCGACAUCAGCGACGGCUCCUGUCAGUGCUAUUGUGUCCGAUGUAACUUCCAUGCUGAACAAACCGUAUUGA